GACUCUGGAGUCUCUUAAUCAUGACCAAAAGAUUUCAGCAGACAUUUUGGUGAAGAUGGCGUACGAGAACUGGCAUAAAGCCAUUGAAUACGACGGUAAGCUAUUGAAUUGCUUACCAGUCGCCGAGAAGGAACUAAAAAGCUUACCUGAACCAAAAAUGGCCACAGCUCAAACAGCUCAGAACCAUCCACAGCUGCAUAACCAGAAUAAUAGGCAAACUGUGCAAUGUCAUCCCAACGCUAUUACCUAUCCACUGGUCCCUCAACAAAUAGAUUAUCCUCAGUUUGUGCAGCAACAUUGCAGCCAAGUGUUACCCUCAUUCCCUUGCAACGUACAGGACUACAACAGGUCAGUGGAAAGUUCCAAUGAUUCAAGCUCAUACAACGGAGAAGAUUGGUGUCGACCAAGAGCUGCAGGACAAGGUCUUGAAGACAUUUUCAGCGAAGAAAUCAGACUAAGGAGCUCAGAGAUGCUUGAGACUGACGAUAUGCAGAGACUGUUGAAGACGUUUGGGAUAGGUGUGAACACUGUGGGAACACAAGGCGGGUUUGGUCAGACCGAUGAGUCUUGUUAUGGUUAUAGCAUCCCGUACCAAGCUCAGAUCGAUAACACGUACAGAAGAGAACGUAAUAGAGGCUCGGGAAAAGCUGUGGUGGGAUGGCUUAAGCUUAAAGCUGCUUUGAGAUGGGGUAUCUUCAUACGCAAGAAAGCUGCAGAGAGGAGGCCUCAGAUUGUGGAGAUCGACUGACAAAAUAAAAGAAGAAACAGAGCCUCUUGAGUUUUUUUUUUCUUUUCUUUUAGCUAAUUUUUCGUUAUCUAAGCUUGAAGACAGAUUCUAUGAACACAAAAGUUCAUCCUUUGGAUGAAUAAUCUAAAGGGUAGAGAGAAAUGGACUCAUGUAAUGCUGUAUUGUGUUUUCAUAUUUCAUGUUAAUUUUUUAUUUAGCAUUUUCA